UAAGGCAAGCUUUGAAAGUUUCAACAUCCAGUUCCAACGGCAGGAGAUGGAUGGGGUCCCCACCAUUAAGAAGGUCACCAUGAGACUGGAGGGAGCUGCUGUCGAAUUAGACAAGACUUCCAUCAAAGUCGAUAAUGAACUUGUCACUAUACCAUUCAGCCAGGGUGGCAUUUCCAUUGCAAGAACCGUCUCCUACAUUAAAAUCGACGCAAAGCUCGGUGUGGUCGUCAUGUGGAAUGAAGAUGACGCCCUCUGGGUUGAGUUGGAUGCAAAAUUCAAGAAUCAGACCUGUGGCCUGUGUGGUGACUACAAUGGAGUCCAGGUUUAUGAUGAGUUCAUCAGCACAGGAACUGGGGAGUCUUUCACUAUUGAAUACUAUGGGGAGGCCUCGCAAAAUGAUGGUCCCAAUGAAGAGUGUGCAGCAAUGUCCUCUUCAGCCACGCAGAGCUGUGCAAAUCAAACAGACCUCUGUGCAAACUUGCUGUCAGGACCAGCAUUUCUCAGCUGUCAAAACCUGAUUGAUAUUGACUCAUUCACCAAAGCCUGUAUGAAGGACCUGUGCCGCUCCAACAACAGCACUUCAUGCUUGUGUGCAACCAUGUCAGAGUACUCCCGUCAGUGUGCUCAUGCAGGCGGACAACCACAGCAAUGGAAGACCGCACAGCUGUGUUCAACAACAUGCCCUUUCAACAUGGAGUAUAAAGAAUGUGGUAGUCCCUGUACUGACACCUGCAGCAACCCCCAGAGAAGCCAAGUGUGUGACGAUCACUGCAUGGAUGGAUGUUUCUGUCCAUCUGGGACUGUCUUUGACGACAUUUUACAAAAUGGCUGUGUUGCUGUUGACAACUGCACCUGUUUACACAAUGGCCAGCCCUACCAACCAGGGGAAUCGUACACAAGGGCGUGUCAAAAAUGCAUGUGUACCCGGGGCCAGUGGCACUGUGAGGAUAUGGAAUGUCCUGGUAUCUGCUCCCUGCUAGGUGGUGCCCACAUCUCCACCUAUGAUGAUAAAAUGUAUACUUUCCAUGGAGACUGCUCCUAUGUUCUCACCAAGGAAAUCAAUGGGACGUUCAGUGUCCUAGGUGACCUGGCCAAAUGUAAAAAUUCAGAUAAAUCAACGUGCCUGGCCGCAGUCACCCUACUACUGCCUAAACACAUGAUGAUUGUAGUUGAUUCCAGCGGACAGUUUUUGUAUAACAAACUGAUCACACAGCUGCCUUUUUUCAUGGAUGACGUAACAGUCUUCAGGCCAUCGACAUUCUUUAUUGUAAUCCACACCAGUUAUGGGCUUCAUCUCGAGAUUCAGCUUUCACCCAUUAUGCAGAUCUACAUCAAAGCCAGUGUUUCCAAUAAGGGAAAACUCAGGGGUCUUUGUGGAGAUUUUAAUGAUGUGGAAGCUGACGACUUCAGAACCACUAAUGGAUUGAUUGAGGGAACGGCUGGGACAUUUGUCAACACAUGGAAAGCCAGAGGAAGCUGCCGCGAUGUGACAAACGCACUCGGCGACCCCUGCACUUUGAGUAUAGACAGGGAGAAAUAUGCUAAACAUUGGUGCAGCUUGCUGUCAGACCCAAAUGGGAUUUUUGCAAAGUGCCAUUCUGAAAUAAACCCAGAAGACUAUCAAACUGCUUGUAUUUAUGACACUUGCGCCUGCGAAAACAGUGUCAAGUGCAUGUGUGCUGCUAUAUCUUCCUACGUCCAUGCAUGUGCAGCUGAAGGUGUCUUACUGAACGGAUGGAGGAGCACUGAAUGCCAGAUAUUCACAACUGGCUGCCCCCCUACUUUCGUGUAUGGCUACCAAAUGACAAGCUGUGGUCGCACCUGCAAAUCUAUCAGUCAAUGGGACUCAACAUGCGAGGUUGAGUUUACCCCGCUUGAUGGCUGCGGCUGUGGUGAGGGAACUUACCUAAAUGAGAAGGGAGACUGUGUGCCAGCCUCACAUUGCCACUGUCAUGUGGGAGACAUGGUGGUACGCCCUGGGCAGGUCAUCAGACACCUUGGGCAAACUUGGCUGACCUCUGAAAUUGAGCAAAAACUAGCAACAAUUAACCUCCCUUGUCUUUGUAUGUGUUUCAGCUCCUGCCAUAGUGGAAAAUUAACAUGCACAGGAGACCACAUAAGUGAAUCAUGCACAGAGCCAAUGGUUUUCAUCAACUGCUCAAACGCAAAACCAGGUGACAAGGGAUCUGAGUGCCAAAAAAGCUGCCAGACACUGGGCACAGAAUGUGUCAGUACACAGUGUAUGCCAGGCUGUGUAUGCCCUGCAGGCCUGCUGUCUGAUGGUAAAGGAGGCUGUGUUACGGAGGAGAACUGUCCCUGCCCAUUCAACGGAGAAUCCUAUAAUUCUGGACAGACUGUCACUGUGGACUGCAAUACCUGCACUUGCAAAAGCGGAAAAUGGAAUUGUACAGAAAAUGAGUGUGAUGGGACCUGUACCAUAUAUGGAGAAGGGCAUUACAUCACCUUUGAUAAAAAGAAAUUCUCCUUUCACGGGGACUGUGGCUACGUCUUCACUCAGGAUUACUGUGGGGACGAUAUGAACGGCACCUUCAGGGUCCUGACCGAGAGCAUCCCAUGUGGAACAAGUGAAAGCAUCUGCUCCACUGCUAUCAAACUCUACUUAGGGAACAAUGAAAUUGUUCUGUCAGAGGAACAUGUCAGAGUUAUCAAACAAAGCAAAGGGGAGGACAUACCCUAUCAUAUCCAGACAAUGGGCAUAUAUCUUGUCAUUGAGGCAAAGAAUGGACUUGUUCUCAUUUGGAAUAAGAAGACGACACUCAUGAUCAGACUCAAGCCCACAUUCAAGGGAAAAGUCUGUGGUCUUUGUGGUAAUUAUGAUGGGAAUGUAAAAAAUGAUUUCACCACCAGAGACAAACAGAUUGUGGUUGAAGCCCUUGAGUUUGGAAACAGCUGGAAAGACUCACCUACCUGCCCUAAUGCAAACACACAUAGAAAUCCCUGCAGUCUAUACUCACACAGACAGGCAUGGGCAUUAAAACACUGCAGCAUUAUCAACAGUAAAGUGUUUGCCAGUUGCCAUUCAAAGGUGGACCCAAGACAUCAUUAUGAUGCCUGUGUGAGAGACACAUGUUCCUGCAACACAGGGGGAGAUUGUGAAUGUUUCUGCUCCUCUGUAGCAGCUUACGCAGCAGCUUGCAAUGAAGCCGGAGCCUGUGUAAGAUGGAGAACUCCCACAAUCUGCCCCAUAUUCUGUGAUUUUUACAACCCUGAUGGAGAGUGUGAAUGGCACUACGAGCCUUGUGGAAAACCAUGCAUGAAGACAUGUAGGAAUCCCUCAGGAGUAUGCUACAAUCACAUUCCAGCAUUAGAAGGCUGCUAUCCAAGCUGCCCGCCCGAAAAAUCUUAUUUGGAAGAAAUUACCAUGAAGUGUGUGUCAGAGAAAGAAUGUGGCUGCUAUCUCGAAGGAACGCAUUAUGAAGAAGGGGAGCGCAUGCCUCGAAAGGAAAACUGUCAAAUUUGUCACUGUUCAUCAACAAAGCGUGAGUGCAGUGAUAGCGUCAAUGCUUGCGAGUGUUCAUAUCAUGGACGUAUAUACAAAUAUGGAGAUACAAUCUAUGACACAAAUGAUGGAAAUGGAACCUGUAUCACAGCUGUUUGUGGAGAAGGGGGAAAUAUUACCAGAAUCAUGGAUCCGACUUGCACUCAUACAACCACCUCGGCAACAUCUACAACAAUCUUUGUUUUUAGCACAAGUGAACCACCCACCAGCACAGAAAAGCCCAGCACGACUGCUGCAACAACCACAGAAAAAGCCACCACCACCACAGCCACAGAAAAACCAACCACAGCAACCACAGUCACAGAAGAACCCACUACAACAACCACCAGCACAGAAAAACCCACCACAACAGCCACAGAAAAGCCCACCACCACAACCACAAUCACAGAAAAACCCACCACAACCACAGAAAAGCCCAGUACUACUGCUGCAACAACCACAGAGAAACCCACCACAACAACCACAGAGAAACCCACCACCACAGUCACAGAAGGACCCACUACAAUAACCACAGUGACAGAAAAAUCUACAACAGCCACCAGCACAGAAAAACCCACCACAACAACCACAGAAAAGCCCACCACCACAACCACAAUCACAGAAAAACCCACCACAACCACAGAAAAGCCCAGUACUACUGCUGCAACAACCACAGAAAAACCCACCACAACAACCACAGUAAUUUCGAGUACUACUGCAACAACUACAGAAACACCUACCACUGACUGCUAUGUUUGUAAGUGGUCAGGUUGGAAUGACAAUAAUUACCCCAGCUUUACCCCAGGUGGUGGUGGAGAGUAUGAAAGCAUUAAAAAUAUUACUGAAUUGGAUGUGAGUGCUUGCAGUCAACCUCUGGAGAUAGAAUGUCGAGCAAGGCAGUACCCUGACACAGCCCUAAGUGAUCUAGGUCAAAACGUAACAUGCAGCCCAACAGAUGGACUAAUUUGUAAUAAUAAUGAGCAACGCGUUCCUUUUAUAUGUCAUAACUAUGAAAUACGAGUGAGAUGUUGCAUUAACAAGUGUGAGCCUACAACUACACCCACAGCGCCAGAAAAAACCACUACAACAACCACAGUCACAGAAGAACCCACCACAAGAACCACAAUCACAGAAAAAACCACCACCACAGCCACAGAAAAGCCCACCACAACAACCAUAAUCACUGAAAAACCCACCACCACAACCACAAUCACAGAAAAACCCACCACAACCACAGAAAAGCCCAGUACUACUGCUGCAACAACCACAGAAAAACCAACCACAGUAACUAAAAAACCCACCACAACAACCAUAAUCACUGAAAAACCCACCACAACAACCACAGAAAGGUCCACAGCAGCAACGACAGAGAAGACAACAACCACUGCAGUUGUCACAAAUACACUAGCUACAACAUCAAAAUCAACAGGAUCCGUAGUUCAGCCUACAACUACAGCUGCCACAGAGAAAACCACAACAGCUACAGAAAAACCCACCACCAAAGCUGCUACAACCACUGAAAAACCAACAACAACCACAAUAACUAAAAAACCCACCACAACAACCACCAGCACAGAAAAACCCACCACAACCACAGAAAAGCCCAGUACUACUGCUGCAACAACCACAGAGAAACCCACCACAACAACCACAAUCACAGAAAAACCUACCACAACAACCACAAUAACUAAAAAACCCACCACAACAGCCACAGAAAAGCCCACCACCCCAACCACAAUCACAGAAAAACCCACCACAACCACACAAAAGCCCAGUACUACUGCUGCAACAACCACAGAGAAACCCACCACAACAACCACAAUCACAGAAAAACCCACUACAACAACCACAAUAACUAAAAAACCCACCACAACAGCCACAGAAAAGCCCACCACCACAACCACAAUCACAGAGAAACCCACCACAACCACAGAAAAGCCCAGUACUACUGCUGCAACAACCACAGAGAAACCCACCACAACAACCACAGAGAAACCCACCACAACAACCACAGAGAAACCCACCACCACAGUCACAGAAGGACCCACUACAAUAACCACAGUGACAGAAAAAUCUACAACAGCCACCAGCACAGAAAAACCCACCACAACAGCCACAGAAAAGCCCACCACCACAACCACAAUCACAGAAAAACCCACCACAACCACAGAAAAGCCCAGUACUACUGCUGCAACAACCACAGAGAAACCCACCACAACAACCACAAUAACUAAAAAACCCACCACAACAGCCACAGAAAAGCCCACCACCACAACCACAAUCACAGAGAAACCCACCACAACCACAGAAAAGCCCAGUACUACUGCUGCAACAACCACAGAGAAACCCACCACCACAGUCACAGAAGGACCCACCACAAUAACCACAGUGACAGAAAAAUCUACAACAGCCACCAGCACAGAAAAACCCACCACAACAGCCACAGAAAAGCCCACCACCACAACCACAAUCACAGAAAAACCCACCACAACCACAGAAAAGCCCAGUACUACUGCUGCAACAACCACAGAAAAACCCACCACCACAGCCACAGAGAAACCAACCACAGCAACCACAAUCACAGAAAAACCCACCACAACCACAGAAAAGCCCAGUACUACUGCUGCAACAACCACAGAGAAACCCACCACAACAACCACAAUUACAGAAAAACCCACCACAACAACCACAAUAACUAAAAAACCCACCACAACAGCCACAGAAAAGCCCACCACCACAACCACACACCCAUACAAACCCACCACAACCACAGAAAAAAAGGUCCACAACAGCAGCAACGACAGAGAAGACAACAACCACUGCAGUUGUCACAAAUACACUAGCUACAACAUCAAAAUCAACAGGAUCCGUAGUUCAGCCUACAACACAGCUGCCACAGAGAAAACCACAACAGCUACAGAAAAGCCCAGCACCAAAGCUGCUACAACCACUGAAAAACCAACAGUGACAGAAAAGUCAACAACCACCGGCACAGAAAAACCCACCACAGCCACAGAAAAGCCCAGUACUACUGCUGCAACAACCACAGAGAAACCCACCACAACAACCACAAUCACAGAAAAACCCACCACAACCACAGAAAAGCCCAGUACUACUGCUGCAACAACCACAGAGAAACCCACCACAACAACCACAAUCACAGAAAAACCCACCACAACCACAGAAAAGCCCAGUACUACUGCUGCAACAACCACAGAGAAACCCACCACAACAACCACAAUUACAGAAAAACCCACCACAACAACCACAAUAACUAAAAAACCCACCACAACAGCCACAGAAAAGCCCACCACCACAACCACAAUCACAGAAAAACCCACCACAACCACAGAAAAGCCCAGUACUACUGCUGCAACAACCACAGAGAAACCCACCACAACAACCACAGAGAAACCCACCACCACAGUCACAGAAGGACCCACUACAAUAACCACAGUGACAGAAAAAUCUACAACAGCCACCAGCACAGAAAAACCCACCACAACAGCCACAGAAAAGCCCACCACCACAACCACAAUCACAGAAAAACCCCCCACUACCACAGAAAAGUCCAGUACUACUGCUGCAACAACCACAGAAAAACCCACCACCACAGCCACAGAGAAACCAACCACAGUAACUAAAAAACCCACCACAACAACCAUAAUCACUGAAAAACCCACCACAACAACCACAGAAAGGUCCACAACAGCAGCAACGACAGAGAAGACAACAACCACUGCAGUUGUCACAAAUACACUAGCUACAACAUCAAAAUCAACAGGAUCCGUAGUUCAGCCUACAACUACAGCUGCCACAGAGAAAACCACAACAGCUACAGAAAAGCCCAGCACCAAAGCUGCUACAACCACUGAAAAACCAACAGUGACAGAAAAGUCAACAACCACCGGCACAGAAAAACCCACCACAGCCACAGAAAAGCCCAGUACUACUGCUGCAACAACCACAGAGAAACCCACCACAACAACCACAAUCACAGAAAAACCCACCACAACCACAGAAAAGCCCAGUACUACUGCUGCAACAACCACAGAGAAACCCACCACAACAACCACAAUUACAGAAAAACCCACCACAACAACCACAAUAACUAAAAAACCCACCACAGCAGCCACAGAAAAGCCCACCACCACAACCACAAUCACAGAAAAACCCACCACAACAACCACAGAGAAACCCACCACCACAGUCACAGAAGGACCCACUACAAUAACCACAGUGACAGAAAAAUCUACAACAGCCACCAGCACAGAAAAACCCACCACAACAGCCACAGAAAAGCCCACCACCACAAGCAUAAUCACAGAAAAACCCACCACAACCACAGAAAAGCCCAGUACUACUGCUGCAACAACCACAGAGAAACCCACCACAACAACCACAAUUACAGAAAAACCCACCACAACAACCACAAUAACUUCAAAAACCACCACAACAAGAAACCCACCACCACAGUCACAGAAGGACCCACUACAAUAA